AUGAAACCUGUGCAUCUGGCAGUUACCCUAACUCCAGAGGUCACUAAUGAGGUUGACCCUUCUCCAGCCCAGCAAGAGGCCCUGGCUCAGCCUCUAGAGAGCCCUGAAGAGGCCGAGCCUCCUCCAAUCCAGCAGGAGGUUCCCACUCAGGCUGCACAGCCCCCUGAAGAAGUUGAACCUUUCCCAGUUCAGCACGAAGCCCCAACUCAAGCCCCAGAGUUCCCUGCUUGGGGAUAUAACUCAAAUUCCACAAGAGACCUCAGCGAAGCCUCAGAGCCUCUUGCAGAGACUGAGCCUUCUCCAAGAGAACAGGAACAACCAGCUCAGCCUUUUGAGCCUCACAGGGAAGCUGAACCUUCUCCAACCCAGGAGGAGGAGGCCCCAGAUCAGUCUCCAGAGCCCUCCAAUGAAGGUGUAGCUCACUCUCCAGAGCAUCAUAUGGUAACAGUUCCUCCUGUAGGUCAGGAUCAAGCUCAGCUUCUGAUGUUGCCUACUAUUAAACCUGCCGCAGGCCGCGCCGUAGGUACGUUUCCGCCAGCUCUGGCGGGAAGUGCCUUUUGCAGCUCCUGGGGUGUGGAUCCUUCUCAGGUCCGUGCGGUGUUCCAAAUCCGCAGACAUCCGCCUCGCCCCGCGCUGCCGUCUCUGUCUCCUCCGCUGUCCUGCGCCGUCGGUUGCGGCGCCCCAGGUGGAUACAUUGAGAGGAGCGCUGGGCGCGUGAUCUGCGGCCUCCUCUCCAACAAGGGGAAACCGAGUCCCCUAGGGCUCAGGGAGAGCAGCCCGGAGGCCUUGCGGGCUGCGCGGCCCUGUUGGAGACAGAUGGAAAGUUCCCUGGACGGCUUCGCGGGCUCCGCAUCAGCCGGCACCCCUUAUGGCCUGCCGGGCCCUGAUGCGCCCCCGCGGCGACCUGGGGGUGAGGCUGUUCCCUGGGUCAGCCUGAGAGCCAGAGACUGUUGAAGGGAGUCCCGAGGCCAUGGGUCAGUGACCCUCAGGGUGACUUGGGAUAUGGGUUUGCUGAUAAUUCCCCCCAGAUUCUCUUGGGGCUGUUCAUGGACCCUGGGGGCAGAGAGUGAAGAGUGAUGCGUCACCAGGGCUCCUCCCACCGUGUGCUCGGAGCAUCAUGGAGCCACUGCUCACCCUGCACAGGACAGCAGAGGGAAGGCGCAGGGCCUGGGGACCUUGGGGCCACUUCAGCUGGCUCUGAGUUUCCACACCUCUGGGCCAUGGACAGAGAAGGCCAGCCCCAUGUCUUCUGCCAUGUCUGGAAUGAUUUAAUAACCAAGAGUGAUUUUUCUCUUGAAUUGGAGGCUGCUCAUCACUUUCCCUCCCUCCCACCAACCCACCCAUUCAAUAAACCUUUGAGACUUGUA